AUGGACACUGAUGAUAUGUUUCUUCCUAUCCUACCUGUGACUCCUGUCCUCAAUCCCUCACCAGCACAUGUCUACCUUGAUCCUUCUACUCCUGAGCAUUCUACUGUUGCUGACUUACCUAAUGUUGCAGACUCAUCUCCUACUCCUUCUCCCUCAGAUGCCUUAGAUCAAGAGAUUGACCUGCCUACUCCUAUACCAGCAGAGAUUGAGGACAAUCACAUCCCUCCUAUCCCAGAACCACCACCACCUGCUGCCACUGAACCACCUCAACCAAUCUUUCAAAAGCCUUUGUCAAAUCCUAGAAAGACAUCCAGAGUCAUCAAACCUCCAGUCUGGCAUAGUGACUAUAUAACUCCCACAACCUACAAGUGUUCAUACCCUAUGGCACAUAGUCUAUCAUAUGCAGGUCUGUCCCAUGCUUGCCAAGCUUACUUGAGUGUUGUUUCCUCAACCAUAGAACCAACAAGUUUCAAGGAAGCUUCUUAA